AUGCCGGGCUUCGACUUCAGCAACCACAACAGGAACCUGGCCCUGCAUGCGAAAGGUGUCCCACUCCCCAAAGCCACAUCGACGGGAACGACCAUCGUCGGCUGUCUAUACGAUGGCGGUGUAGUCAUCGCCGCCGACACCCGAGCCACAUCCGGUCCUAUUGUAGCAGACAAGAACUGCGAAAAACUGCACUACAUCUCCCCCCAGAUCUGGUGCGCCGGCGCCGGAACAGCCGCCGACACGGAAUUCACCACCGCCCUCAUCUCCUCCAACCUCGAACUCCACGCCCUGUCCACCGGCCGCAAACCCCGCGUCGUCACCGUCAUGACCAUGCUGAAACAGCAUCUCUUCCGCUACCAGGGACACAUCGGCGCUUAUCUCGUCGUCGCCGGCUGUGAUCCGACGGGUGCACAUCUCUUCACCGUCCACGCACACGGCAGCACAGACAAACUCCCCUACGUCACUAUGGGUUCUGGUUCCCUGGCCGCUAUGAGUGUAUUUGAGACCCAAUGGAAGCGCGACAUGACCCGCGAAGCCGCCGUGGCCCUCUGCGCCGACGCCAUCCAGGCCGGUAUCUUCAACGACCUGGGCUCAGGCAGUAAUGUGGACGUGUGUGUGAUUACGCCCGAGAAGACGCAGUUGAUGAGGAAUUUCAUCACGCCGAAUGUGAGGGAGAAGAAGAAGAGGGAUUACAAGUUCCAGCGGGGCACGACGGCUUGGUUGGAUGAGAGGGUGGUGAAGAGGGAGGAGAUACGGAAGUAUGUUUCUGUUGAGGAGGUGCCGGUGGAGGGUUCGGGCGCGCCGGUGGUGGGGGAGAGGAUGGAGGUUGAUCAGUAG